AUGUUGGAUGUUACAUGUUUGCUCCGAAAUUUCAGAUAUAUGACAGUUUAUAAUCUAUAUAUAUAUGGAAAAAAUGGUGAUGGCCUAUAUUAUCGUGAAUGGGCUAAAACAAAGCAGGGUGAAUGUCCAUCUAACAAUGAUCUGAAGUUGAUGCGUGGUAUGCUGAUUGGUUUGAAAGGAUUUUGUCAGAAAAUUUCACCGUUGGAUUAUGAAAUUAAUCGUUUUUCUUAUGUUACUAACACCUAUCGACUUCAUUUUUAUGAAACACCUACACUAAUGAAGAUUGUACUUACCACCGAUAAUUCAUGUUCACCAAUGCAUGAAGAACUUGAAGGAAUUUUCCAGAUAUACACCAAAUAUGUUUCACAGAAUCCACUAGUUAAACAUGAAGGACUGAUUAAAAGUCAAGUUUUUUCUGAGAAACUCGAUCAAUAUGUUCAAAGUUUACCUGUAUUCAGCAAAUAA